AUGUCCUACUUCCGCAUAACGCUGCAGCGCUCAGCCAUCGGCCUGCCUGAACGAACUCGUGGUGUCUUGUCUGCUCUUGGCCUUCACCGCCGUAUGCAGACUGUCUUCCACCCAGCCGAGCCUCAAUUCGCCGGUAUGAUCUUCAAAGUCAAAGAGCUCGUCCGCGUGCGUGAAGUCGAGGCGCCGUUGACGAAACAACAAGUCAAGGCCGAGAGAACGCCAGACGCCGGGUUCUACGUUGAAAAAGCGGUCCCACGAAUGCAAUAA